AUGCACAAAGACAAGUUCCUCAGCCUUGCUUACGUAUGGAUAGGAGGAUUGCUGCCUCUCCUGAAGCCGGAGAAAAAAGACUUGACCGGCAAGACUGUAGUCGUCACAGGCGGCAACUCCGGAGUUGGCUAUGGAUUGGCCUUGCAGUUGGCAGAGAUGGGCGCUUCGGUCUACAUUGCUUGCCGCAGUGAAGUUCGGGCAGCCAAGGCACGGAACAGUAUGCUGGAGAGCUGUCCGGAUGCGAAGAUUGGGAUUGAGAUUCUUGACACGGCAUCCUUCGAGUCAGUAAAGGCUUUUGCGGCGAACUGGAAUCACGGACGGAUCGACAUCCUCGCGCACAAUGCGGGCAUCACCCUUCCGCCACAUGGCAAGGAGUUCACAGAGGACGGCUACGAGUACCUGUAUCAGGUCAACAUCCUAUCCUCGUUCCUAUUGACAGGCCUGCUGGACUCCGAGGGAAAGCUGGCCGAGGAUCUGCGUGUGUUGUUCACCUCCAGUGUCGCAGCCUACGAGUCUUCGAUCCCGGACGACUUCAGCGUUGCCAAAACCCAGCUCAAGAGAGAUCCGCAAAUCCAUGGCGACGACCGACUGGCCGACAGAUACUCGCACACAAAACUAUUGCAAGUAGUCUUCGCUCGAGCCUUGCAAGUGCAGUUUGAACGUGAUCCCGGCAACAAGCGACUCGCAUUCUCUUGGGAGCCAGGUCUGACGCGAACCAAAAUCUUCGAAGACGUACCAAAUGCGCGGUGGGACUUGCGAUUCUGGUUGGUCUCCAAUGUCAUGCCUUAUGUCGGGAUUGACGAACGUCAAGGCUCUGCUACAGGGGUGCAUCUUGCUACGAGUGACUCUCCGGAUGUCCUUGGCAAUAAGGGUCGCAUGUUCAAUCGCAUGAAGGCGAGAUGGCUUGAGGUUGAUGGGUACUCUCAGGAGAAGCUCGAGCGGGUUUGGACGAGGUUCGCGGCGGAUGCUGACAUCUCUUGGCCGUGGCGAAAUUAG